AUGGAUCUCUUGAGCGCUUGCGAAAGCCUGGCGUCUAAUGUUCUCGAAUUCAAUGCCACCAGUGCUUCUGAUCUCCAAAUAUCCGAUGCAGACAUUGAACACUGGCGGUGUUUGUUCAAAUUAACCCGUGCCGAAGCCAUCGAGGAAAUUUCCAACUGGCGUCUGGACUUUGGCCGUGACUCCCUAUCUCAGAGCGCUUGGGACUUGAUUAAAGACUCGGAUUUUGCGUCUGGAUUCAGCAAGGAAUCUUACGAGUUCAGCUUAGCCCAUGGCCGGAAGUUUGAGCGAGGAAACGCCACCAAAACGGACGACAAUGGCAUGUAUUUGCUCCGAAUCCACGACACACUGCCCAGCCUACACACAAUCCAACAACUUUUAAAUACCGACAGGCUCGAAGUUGUCUCUGGAGUAGACGAUGACGGCAAUUCUGUGAAAUUCUGCUAUAUGACUUCACAAAUGAAGAAUCUUCUUCAAAGCAAUCUUGUUCUAUCGGAUAGUGUCCACUUUCGGCCAUCCUUUAUCCGAGUCUCUAUCGCCACGAAGAAGCUCUCCGAUAUUUCCAGAUAUCCAACACUUGGAAUCGAAUCGACUCUUCCCCAAUACCGUGCAGAGACGUCUACCGAGUACUUUCGGCCGGCCCAGAAUGAAUACCCUGUUCCGUAUUUCUUCUACGGCACACUGGCCGACCGCGCCGUUCUCGCCCGCGUUAUUGGAGUUUCGGACGAGGGCAGUAUUGAAUACGAAUCAGCCAUGGUUUCGGGAGCGGCUCUUUCGACCUGGGCGAAUAAAUAUCUAGGCUUGGUGAAUAGCUUUCAACAUGAUCAAGUGGAGGGCAAGGUGUACUGGGUAAAGUCUCGUGAAGAAGAGGAAGCGCUACGAAUUUAUGAGACGGCCAAAUACGAGGUUGUAAGGUGCAAAAUUAACCUUGAAUCUGGCAUCAACACGUGUAUGGGUCUUACAUUUCGGCUUUGUUGA